AUGUUCAUUAUCAACUGGUUUUGGGACGUCCUCGCUUCCCUCGGGCUUUUGAACAAGCAUGCCAAACUCCUCUUCCUCGGUCUCGAUAAUGCCGGAAAGACAACUUUAUUGCACAUGUUGAAGAAUGACCGAGUAGCUGUUCUUACCCCCACGUUACAUCCCACUUCCGAGGAACUUGCCAUCGGCAACUGCAGAUUCACCACCUUCGAUCUUGGUGGUCAUCAGCAAGCCCGUCGUCUCUGGAAAGAUUACUUCCCUGAAGUCUCCGGCAUCGUCUUCCUCGUCGAUGCCAAAGACCUUGAGCGUCUACCUGAAGCCAAAGCCGAACUCGACGCCCUUCUGUCUAUGGAGGAACUCUCUAAAGUUCCCUUCCUAAUCCUCGGAAACAAGAUUGACCACCAUUUGGCCAUCAGCGAAGAGGAAUUGAGACAUCAGUUGGGAUUGUACCAGACCACCGGAAAGGACAAGAAUCCAAUGGAAGGAAUCAGGCCGAUCGAAGUUUUUAUGUGCAGUGUGGUUAUGAGACAAGGUUACAAGGAGGGUUUCCAGUGGGUCUCUCAAUACGUCUAA